AUGUUGAAAGAACGUGCUGGCAUUGGUAUUCUCAAACUUACAGAGAAAGAAAUUAUUAUGAUGGAAAGAAAUAACCCUCAACUUGCCAGUUUGAUUGAAUCAAAAGAAAGAUAUGAAGAGGAAUGGAAGAAAAAGCAGCCAGCAAAAGAUAGAAACUCUUCUUGUGGUGAGAUGUCUGUAAGACUGAAUUCUACGUUCUUCUUCAAAGAAGUUUCAUGUGAAAUUGCUUCAAUCAUUCGCGAUCAAAUUACAAAUCGAAGAAAAGCUUUAAACUUCAUGCUUCAAAAAUGUUUAUGCGCCAAAGAACUUCUUUGGUUUAGAUGUGAAUUCGUGAUUAAUUAA